AACUCAUUUGACAAAUGCUGGAUAAUCCCGGCGUAGUGUAGAUUACAAAGCGUUCAACCGAAGCAAGCAAUGGUCUUCAGAGAGUAAUUCGUUCCUAGAUUUCCCCCUUUUUGCUGCCACACAGACGCACGCUCCCCCUCGCUCUCUCUCUCUCUAACCGACGCCAUGGCUGCCGCGAUGAAGAUUGUAUUCGGACUGCUAACGUUUGUCACAGUCGGCAUGAUUAUAGGUGCUUUGUUUCAAUUGGCAUUUAUACGAAGAUUGGAAGAGUCAUAUGGCUCCGAGUUUCCGUCUCCUAGAAGAGUGCGUAGAAGUCUAAAUGAUGGCUAUCUCGAGUUGCCCAGAGGUUCUCAUUGGAACAAUGACAAAGAAGCAAAAAUUUUACGGCUUGGAUAUGUCCAACCUGAAGUAAUUAGCUGGUCCCCUCGAAUAAUUGUACUUCAUAACUUCUUGAGCAUGGAGGAAUGUGACUAUCUUAGAGCUACUGCCUCCCCUCGCCUUCAAGUAUCCACUGUAGUGGACACCAAAACGGGAAAGGGAAUAAAAAGUAGUGUUCGUACAAGCUCUGGUAUGUUCUUGAGUCAUGAAGAGAAAAAGUACCCGAGGAUACAGGCAAUUGAAAAGCGUAUUUCUGUCUAUUCUCAAGUACCAGUAGAAAAUGGCGAACUCAUUCAAGUUUUAAGGUACGAAAAGAAUCAGUUUUACAAACCUCAUCAUGACUACUUCUCUGACACUUUUAACUUGAAACGCGGUGGUCAGCGAGUAGCAACAAUUCUAAUGUAUCUAAGUGAUAAUGUUGAGGGUGGAGAAACAUAUUUCCCUAUGGCUGGUUCAGGUGAAUGUAGCUGUGGUGGAAAAGUUGUCAGAGGUUUGUCUGUAAAGCCAGUUAAAGGAGAUGCAGUACUCUUUUGGAGCAUGGGCCUUGAUGGACAAUCAGAUCCAAAUAGCAUACAUGGAGGAUGUGAGGUGCUAUCCGGGGAAAAGUGGUCGGCUACAAAAUGGAUGAGGCAAAGAACUACCUCUUGAUUUCUAUAGCUUGCCCCCCUUAUAAGAAAUCUACGAAUUUUAUCGGGGGGGUUCAUAACAUAAGUAGCCUAGAGAGCCUGAAUUCUUUAGAUACAACAGAUUCCUAAACCAAGAUGAACAUGAAGCAUAUCAGCUCAUCCCAAAUGCCACACAUUGACAGCAGUGCCAUACAAUUCUAGGUAGUGGUGAGAAACAAAUUUGGUCGAUAUCGACGAUAGAAAGUGAAAAAUGUAACAAAUGAUGUGUAAUAUAUGCUGCAGAAAAUAGCUAUGGUGAUGAGCUACAUCUUUGUAACCAAAUUGUCUUGUUACCAAAGAACGAAAAUCCAAAAUGCUUUUU